CCCAGGGGGAGUUCGUUCGAAAAGAAUCAAGACCCGCCCAGAAAUCAUUCAUAGCCAUUUUGGCCCAGGUGUCUAGAGGUGAGACCGCCACAUUCCGCGGCAGUCUUCCUGUAGCUUCUCCGAACCACCCGCCUGCCGAGACAGUUCUCUCAGCACCAUGCGUGAGGCGAUCUGCAUCCACAUCGGCCAGGCAGGCGUUCAGAUAGGCAACGCUUGCUGGGAACUUUUCUGCCUCGAGCAUGGCAUCCAGCCUGACGGGCAGAUGCCGUCCGACAAGACUAUCGGGGGCGGCGACGACGCUUUCAAUACAUUCUUCUCUGAGACGGGUGCUGGGAAGCACGUUCCUCGUUGUGUGAUGGUCGAUCUUGAGCCCACCGUGGUCGAUGAGGUCCGCACGGGCACGUACCGCCAGCUCUUCCACCCCGAGCAAUUGAUCUCCGGGAAGGAGGACGCGGCCAACAAUUUUGCGCGCGGCCACUACACAAUCGGCAAAGAGAUUGUCGAUCUGGUCCUGGAUCGCAUUCGGAAGCUUGCCGACAAUUGCACGGGGCUCCAGGGAUUCAUGAUCUACAACGCCGUCGGCGGGGGCACUGGUUCAGGGCUCGGCUGCCUGAUGCUGGAGCGCCUGUCGGUGGAUUACGGCAAGAAGACCAAGGUCUCGUUCACGGUGUGGGCGUGCCCGCAGAUCGCCACGGCGGUCGUGGAGCCUUACAACACCGUUCUGUGCGUACAUUCUUUGCUGGAGCACACGGACAUCACCAUAAUGUACGAUAAUGAGGCGUUGUACGAUAUUUGCAGGCGGAACCUUGAUAUUGAGCGCCCCACGUACACGAACUUGAACAGGCUUCUGGCCCAGAUCAUAUCCUCUUUGACGGCUUCGUUGCGCUUUGACGGCGCGCUCAACGUGGACAUCACUGAGUUCCAGACGAAUUUGGUGCCGUACCCGCGCAUCCACUUCAUGCUCUCGAGCUACGCACCAGUGAUUUCUGCCGAGAAGGCGUACCACGAGCAGCUCUCUGUGGCCGAAAUCACCAUGUCGGUGUUCGAACCUUCUGCCAUGUUUGUCAAGUGCGACCCCCGCCACGGCAAGUAUAUGGCGUGCUGCAUGAUGUACCGUGGCGACGUGGUGCCCAAGGACGUGAACGCAGCGGUUGCCACGAUCAAGACGAAGCGCACAAUUCAGUUUGUGGAUUGGUGCCCUACUGGAUUCAAAAUCGGUAUCAACUACCAGCCUCCAACCGUGGUGCCCGGCGGCGACUUGGCGAAGGUGAUGCGCGCGUGCUGCAUGAUCAGCAACUCCACGGCCAUCGCGGAGGUGUUCUCCCGCAUCGACCACAAGUUUGACCUCAUGUAUUCCAAGCGCGCGUUCGUGCACUGGUACGUCGGCGAGGGCAUGGAGGAGGGCGAGUUCUCAGAGGCCCGCGAGGAUCUGGCCGCGCUGGAGAAAGACUACGAGGAGGUCGGCAUCGAGACCGCCGAGGGUGAGGGCGAGGAGGAAGGCUACGGCGACGAGUUCUGAGCCAGGCUGCUCAGCUGCAGCGGGGCCGGCGCGCCCUGGCGAUUCAAUAAUCUUACCUGCAAGAAGUCUUGCAGAUUCUGGCGGCGGGCGCCACGGGGAACGCACCGCUACGAUGUCGAGCACCAGCCCGCUCAGAACCAUCUUCUUGCCGGAGUGUUUCGCCUACGGUGAAUCAAUCGAUGAAUUCGUUGGGCUCCAGCUCGCUGAGUUUACGGCGACCCGCCAACCCCAGGGAGUUCUUCCCUCCUCUCGCCUUUCUCCGCUCGGCCCUUCUACAGUGGUGUCCCGCGGAAGGCAAGGACGUCUAACUUGGACGACCGCGCUCAAGGCAGGUGGCAAGGGCACCGCCAAGGCCAAGGCAUAGAACGCCGCCUUGGACAGGCAGAGUCGGUCGCCUCGCUUGUCACGCGUGUGAGCUCCUCGGCGAAAAAGGAAAAUCUGCGCGCCGCGCACCCCUGUGAUAAAUCAUCAGAGGGCGGCCGGUCGAAGGCGCCUACGGCGAAUCACAGCCGCCCCCUGCUUUUUUGUAACCGCCUAUGUUGCCGAACGUUGUGGCCAUGGCUCGGCCGAGCUGUCAGACUACCUGUACCCCCAGCCGGUUUGGAAACCCUUCGGGGAACACGUGCGGGAUA